UGACGAGCUGACGUCGAAAGUUUUCCACCUUUUCCACCAGCAGCACCGCGAGGUUGUCGUCGGAGAAGUGUUUUUCGGGAGGUCGUGUACUUUCCAUUCAUUCACGAUGGAUCGUGCCAGGACCUUAAUGUCGACGUUGACGCCUAUCACCAGGGCUGCCCUAGCCCAGACACCGUCGGGCACGGCCGUCGUGCGACUGCUCAAGGGACGCUUUGGCUUUGAUCUAGGCGCCAGCCUGAUGCCCGUCCGAAAGUAUGUGACCCGCGCCGCGGCCGAGCCGUUCCUCAACGGCAGCUCGUCGGUGUACGUCGAGGAAAUGUACAAGGCGUGGACCAAGGACCCGUCCAGCGUUCACAAGUCGUGGGACGUGUUCUUCCGCGGCGCCUCCUCGGGUCUGCAGCCGGGGGAGGCGUACCGAUCGCCGCCAUCCCUCUACAUGGCCCCCGGAGCAGCACCGGCGGCUGCAAGGGUGACCUCGGCUGCCUUGACUGCGCCCGCCGCGGUGCCCGCUGCCCUGCCCAGUGCCCAGGCUGCUCCGAGGGACAUCGACGACCACCUCUCCGUUCAGGCCAUCAUCCGGUCCUACCAGGUGAGGGGCCACUUGGCCGCCAAGCUCGACCCCCUGGGCAUCGUCACGGCCUCGUCAAACUCUCCCCUAAGUCGGGAGGAGCUACACACCCCCGAAGUGGUGCUCCGAAAUUACAAACUAGAGGAGAAAGACAUGGACCGGCUGUUCAAACUGCCUUCAACCACCUUUAUUGGUGGAGAGGAGGCUGUCCUGCCCCUCAGGGAGAUCCUCCGUCGGCUCGAGAAUGUCUACUGUGGAAGCAUUGGUGUGGAGUACAUGUUCAUCAACGACCUCGACCAGUGUAACUGGAUUCGUGAAAAAUUCGAGUCCCCGGGAGUCAUGAGGCUGAGCAAGGAGCGGAAGAGGCUGCUGCUUUCUCGAGUUGUGCGCUCCACAAAAUUUGAAGAGUUCCUUGCGAAGAAAUGGGUGUCCGAGAAGCGGUUUGGACUGGAGGGCUGCGAAGUCCUCAUCCCUGCCAUGAAGACGAUCAUUGAUCGGUCAAGCGAGCUCGGAAUUGAGAGCAUUGUCAUGGGAAUGCCACACAGGGGCCGUCUGAACGUACUUGCCAACGUCUGUCGAAAACCGCUGGAGCAGAUCUUUACGCAGUUCAGUGGACUGGAACCAGCAGACGAGGGUUCUGGAGACGUCAAGUACCACCUGGGCAUGAGCCACGAACGUCUGAACCGCGUGUCGAACCGAAACAUCAAGCUAGCAGUCUGUGCCAACCCCUCUCAUCUCGAGGGUGUGGAUCCUGUGGUACAGGGGAAGACGCGUGCGGAGCAGUUUUACCGUGGAGACACGCAAGGCAAGAAGGUGAUGAGCAUUCUCCUGCACGGUGAUGCCGCCUUCGCUGGCCAGGGCGUGGUCUACGAGACCUUCCACUUGAGUGACCUGCCUGACUAUUCAACCCAUGGGACCAUCCACAUUGUGGUCAACAACCAGGUUGGCUUCACCACAGAUCCCAGGGUGGCGAGGUCGUCUCCCUAUUGCACCGACGUGGCGAGGGUGGUGAAUGCCCCCAUCUUCCACGUCAACGCCGACGACCCGGAGGCCGUCGUCCACGUGUCGAACGUCGCGGCUGACUGGCGGAGCCGUUACGGGAAGGAUUGCAUCAUCGAUCUGGUGUGCUACCGUCGCAAUGGCCACAACGAGGUGGACGAACCCAUGUUCACCCAGCCACUCAUGUACACCAAGAUCCGCAAGCAGGCUACAGCCCUCGACAUCUACGCACGCAAGCUGCUGGACGAGGGUGUCGUCACCGAGAAGGAGAUCGAGGAUGAGAAAGAGAGGUACGAUGGCAUCCUGGCCGAAGCGUACAAGAAUGCAGAGAAGGAGGGAAAAUCCUACAACCGGGACUGGCUCGACUCUCCGUGGAGCGGGUUCUUCGGGGACCGGGACCCGAUCAAGUGCGACCCGACGGGCGUCUCGGAGGAGAUCCUGCGGCACGUCGGGGUGGCCUUCUCGUCCCCCCCACCGGGCAACUUCAAGAUCCACCCAGGCCUGAAGCGCAUCCUCAAGUCCCGUAUGGAGAUGGUGGAGCAGAAGCAGGUGGACUGGGCCCUCGGGGAGGCCAUGGCCUUCGGCUCCCUGCUCAAGGAGGGUGUGCACGUGCGGCUGAGCGGCCAGGAUGUCGAGAGGGGCACCUUCAGCCACCGGCACCAUGUGCUGCACCACCAGACCAUAGACAAGACCACCUACCGGCCCCUGUGCCACCUGUGGCCGGACCAGGCGCCUUACACGGUGUGCAACAGCUCCCUCUCGGAGUACGGAGUGUUGGGCUUUGAGCUGGGCUUCUCGAUGACUAACCCGAACGCCCUGGUGAUGUGGGAGGCCCAGUUUGGGGACUUCAUGAACACGGCCCAGUGCAUCAUUGACCAGUUCAUCAGCAGCGGGCAGGCCAAGUGGGUGCGCCAGAGCGGCCUCGUCAUGAUGCUGCCCCACGGCAUGGAGGGCAUGGGUCCCGAGCACUCUAGCGCCAGGGCAGAACGUUUUCUUCAACUCUGCAGUGAAGAGUCCGACGUGUUUCCCACCAUAGACGAGGACUUUGCAAUGAGGCAGCUAAACGACAUCAACAUGAUUGUGGUCAACUGCACGACGCCGGCCAACUAUUUCCACGUGCUGAGGAGGCAAAUUGCACUUCCGUUCCGGAAACCUUUGAUUGCUCUGACACCGAAGUCGCUACUCCGGCAUCCAGAAGCGAAGUCUCAUUUCAACGAAAUGACUGAAGGCACGUCGUUCCUCCGCCUGAUCCCGGAUGAGGGUGCCGUCAAGGGCAACCCGAAUGCAGUGAAGCGGCACAUCCUGUGCACAGGCAAGGUGUACUACGACCUGACCAAGGAGCGGAAGGCCCGAAACCUCGAGGGAGACGUCGCCAUCUCCCGCGUGGAACAGCUCUGCCCGUUCCCGUUCGACCUGGUGAAGCAGGAGGUGGACAGAUAUCCCAAUGCCGACAUCUGCUGGGUCCAGGAGGAGCACAAGAACCAGGGCUACUGGUCCUUCAUCCAGCCCAGGCUCCAGACUGUCACGGCCAACCAGAUGCCCAUUCAGUACAUUGGACGCAACGUGUCUCCUUCCACUGCCACCGGAAGCAAGCACGUCCACAAGAAGGAAUUUGAAAAGCUGCUCAACGACUCCUUCUCUGUCUAGUAAUUCCUUUCCCCCGAAGCUGCUCCCCCCCACGUCUCCACCACCUUCAACGAAAGCAUUCUCUUUUCCCUGUCUUCUUGGGUCGCUUUGGUGUGCUGUUACAGAGAAGAUGCCUUGCCUCCAGCAUGAGUAAAUUGAAGGCCAGCUGCACCUCCUGCUCACUCUGGCUGCAAUGAACCAAAGCCAAAAAUUAAAAAAGGAAAAAAAGAAAAAAAAAAAAAGCUUGGGGCAGGGGUUGCAGAAAGCCUGAGAUAUGUGGGUGUUUGUUAAUGAUUUUCUCUCUACAUGGUCAUUUGCUGAUAGCAUUUUCAUAUGCUAUUUUUUGACAAUGUAGGCUGUACAACCACCAUCAUUUUGCAGUUAUACUGUGACUUCAGUUAUUUUCAUUUUCUUUAAGCAUGCUAGUGGUUGGCGCUCUAGAGGUUAGGUAACCACCGUGGUACAGUUUUGUUCCCCAACUUAGGAGCUGUUUUGCACCUGAGUGUUGGUUAUUGGUUUACUGGUAUGCUAGCAGUUAGUUUCUGUGGCCUGGCUUGUUUAUAGUUAUUCCUUCUUUAUAGGAAUAUUGCAUUGCAGUAUUUAUGGUAGCCUUCGUUUGCCUUUUGUUUGCAUUUUAUUGGAGUGGUGAAGUUGACAAUUCAAAGUAAUAUUUACCAACUGCAGUAUGGCACGGCAUACAAAUUGUUGAGCUGAGCUUUGAGUUGUUGCCAACUUUGCUGUGGACAUGUGCUAGACUUGCUCUAAUUCCGCUGUUUUCUCUUCUGCAGUUAGUAGAACCACUCGAGUUGUAGCCAUUUACUGCUUUAGCACUUGGAAUGCAGUUUUCGAAGAUGCACCCAAAGGCGUCUUUAGCAGCAAACUGCAAUAGUGGCCUAAGUUACGCAAACACCAUUAGUUCUGAAGUACAGUAAUAGAUAUGCAGUAAGUGCCACCUUGCCGAGCAAGUUCAUACAGUGCUGCAUUUUUAAUGCCUGUGAACUAUAGGAAUGCUUGUGAUAACGGUGUACAUAGCUUGUUAUGUAUAUCUUUAUGUGUUGUUUGGUGGAUACAGCAAGCAGAUAGAGUAAUAAGUGUAGUCCUUAUUUUUAUUCAAAGCAAUUAUAACUUGAUUUGAAAUAUGUAGUGAACUUUGGAAGAAUGUCCUUUUGUAGAAAAAGUAUAGUUAGCUUCAGGGCUUGUUAGGAGAGAGUCAGUCAUUCAUGGUCAUUGCAAAUAACCUUUCGUUAAUUUAUACUUGUUCUAGUUUUAGGUUUUUAAGGCAUUUGAUGCAGCCUUCUUUUGUCAGCCUUUUCCAAAUGGCAGGAUUUGUUGUUGCCACAUUUUUAAUUUGUACUUGCAAGCUCAGAAUUGCUAGAGAGCAAUGAUUUUGUGCACAAUAAAACCAAAUAGAUCUGCUGUUUUCA